CUCUGUCAAUAUAUUUAGAGUUUUUUUUGUGUGAAAGAGCAUCUCAUGAUGCAGGGCAUCACAGAGUUCUUUUUUUUAAAUUCUUACUUAUUUAGCGAAAAAAGGCAUCAUAAGUUCAAUAACUCAAAAAAGAGACAAAAAUGGAUGUUUAUGUCUGUAUACGCAAUAAAAAAAGUUUAAUUAAAAAAAUGACUCUGUGGUGCUCUGCAUCUUGACGUGUUCUUUCAAACAAAACAAAAAUUUAAAUAUAUUGACAGGGCCUGGAUCGAGAAAUCUUGGACAAAAGAUAAAAAAAUCAUAAAUCGAGAAAAAACGAAAAAUAUUUUUCGUUUUUUUAAAAAUAAGCAUAUUUCUCAAGCAUAGGUCAAUGAAAAUCAUCGAAAAAAUUUGACCAAAAACCAGGUACUGAAGAAAAACCAAUGUGGCUUCUAAAAGAGCAGAAGACAAGCUAUCUUCCCAUGUAUUUAUCUCAAUUUCGACGGUUUUGACCAAAACGGACACUUUUUGAGGGGAAAGGCCUUAAUUUUCUAUAUAUUUGUUUUUUUACAUAGGAUACACGUCGAACUAUCAACAAGUUUAUCAUUAAAGAAUAUCGUGAAAUUGCCAUAUGGAGCAUUGCAUUAUUGAUAAAUAGCUGUACAUGGAUAGAAUUUAAAUACAAUUGGAAAAUAAUCUGUCUUGUUUUUCUUGAAAUACAUCGUGGUGAAAAACAUAUAAAACAAAAAUAUCAAGAUAUAUUAUUAGAUAAAAUACGAAAAAUUAAAUCUGAUUCUGAUACUUAGAGUGCCGUUAAAUCUUCUAAUUAUUUUGAAAGUGAUAAUCCAACAGAUUUAUAUGAUUCAAAUAUUUAUUACUUUUAUGAUGACAAAUAUGAUGCUGAUGAUGAUGAUCCCGAACCAAAUAAUAGAUUUUUAAAAACAAAAACAAAAAAUAUAAUUGUUGAUGAAGAACAAGAAACAAAUGGUACCAAAUCCAAAUUUAAAACUGUUAUUAAUAAAAUAUUCUACGAUGCACUUAUUGAUACUGGAAUAUCAAAAGAAGACGUUUUUGGUGCUCGAUCUUCUGCUGUAUUGAAAUGGUUUAAAUAUUUGACUAGAUAUUUUAUGCCGACAGCACCGAUAUGGUCAAACAUGUUAUUAGGAAAUUUAAGUCGUCAUCGUCGACUUGCUGUCAAAUCAUUUGAAAAUUUUACUAUUGCUCAACUUGAACAACGAACAACAGCAAUAAGUGAAAGAAGAAUGGAUGUUCUUUUGUCAAUUAUUAUUCCUGAUAUGUUAGUUUUAAUUGAUGAAUAUUCGAAUGCAACUAUGACUCAUUCCAUGAUUACACAAAUUGAUUCAAAUAAUUCAUCAACAUUAUUAGAUGAAAGACGAUUAAAACCUAUUGAAGAACGUUGGAAGAAAAUAACCAACAAAAGAGGUCGUGGUUAUUAUUCAAAAGGUCCUCAACAGUCAGUUUUUGCUGAUCUUGUUUCAUUACUUCUAUUGAGUAGGAAUGAUGUCAAUGCUGAUCUUAAAUUACCAAAUCUAACACCAAAUUAUCUGAAUGUUGCUAUUAGUUUAUUACUCUCAACAGGAAAUGAAACUGGUGGUCGUUAUGAACUUUCAUCAUCAUCAUUAAAUCAUAAUUGUCCGUUACUUGACGUUGUUAAAACGUUUAUAGAAGAAUGGUUUAGUUCAACAUUAACUCAGACUAAUAAGCGACGUUCAACAACAAUCAGUUUUUCUUUACCAACAGAUAUGUUACUUGAUAGUUUUCAACAAUCUACAUUUAUUCUAGAAAAAAUUCUUAUUCCGUUACUUCCAUGUCAUUUAGUUGCCAAUAAAAUAUAUUCGUGUAGUACUUGUGAAAAAAAAAUGAAAAUAAAAACCACAAUUACAUCAAUAUCAAUCAAUAUUCAUCGAAGUGGUCUUCAUUUGAACAACGAUAUAAAUUCUUUUUUUGGACGAAGCCCUUCAGAUAUCAUAUGCACAUCUUGUAGUAAACCUACAACUCGACAUAUCGAUUUUACAGAAUUUCCUUUAGUAUUAAUUAUUCACAUCAAUGAGUCGCCAAUAGAUAUCCAAUAUAGGAAACCACAUGAUUUUGUUUCUCUUAACCCAUUCGCUGAUUGGCGGGUUCUUGGUUUUCCAUCAUCCGCUAUGUACAAUUUAGUUUGUUUUAAUAGUAUCAUACGAUCAGAUGGAAAUGAUUUGAUGCUACGAGUAACAAAAAUAAAGAAAAGUUGGUCAACAAGUAUCAAUAAACGAGUAAUUGGUAAUGGUGAUUUACUCAAACGUCUUUUUGCUAAUAGUCGAAUUUUGGUGUUUGAACGUAUUGAUAACAAAACUAAAUUUAAUCUUUUUCAAGCAAUUAUUAAAUGUACAGUGAAUACAAAUUUUACUUCAUCUAAUAAUAUUCAAUCAUGCAGAACAAUUCAAGAGAUUUGUUCAAUAAUUGAAACCAAUCCUCAAUUUCAUGAACUAAAUAAUAAACUUAAUGCCAAUAUUAAAUCCUACUUUCGUUGCAGUUUUUGUGGUGAUACACCGGAUAAUCUUUCAUCAUCAGAUAAUCAAAUAUUUAUCUUCAAACAAAAUAUGAAUAAUCAACUCGUCGGUUAUCCAGUGCUGUCUAAUAAUAUGAAUCAAAAUAAUACUAGCUGGAUAUGUAAUAGUUGUAAUAAUUCAACAAAUAAUCUUGAGAUGGAUAUUCAUAAACAAGUUUUUCUUAAAUGCCCAUCUUGCUUAAUUACUUGUAUCAAUCCAAAAGUUGAAAAUAAUCCAUUAGAUAAUCAUAUUUGUUUACGUGAUAUGGAUGAUAAGGAAUACAACUAUGGUGCAACUGCUUUACUGUGUUUUAGUGCUUAUAGUGACAAUGUUGGUUUAGUCAAAAAAAAAUCAAAUAAAUAUGUACAAUUAAUUGGUGAUGCAUUUUCUGAAGAGACAUUAUUAACAUUUAGUAACUUGUCAGAUAUAUUUGAUACUAGUUCUUCUAUACUCAUUUUUCAUCCUCAGAUAAAUCAAACAACAAAUGGAAAUAUUUAA